AUGCCAAGAAUGGCUCGGAUGAUGUCAAUGCCCGGGCCAUCCGAGCCGACAACCUCAUCGGGCCAACCAUCCUCGUCUGCAGCAGCAUUGAUGUACAAGGAAGGAUGUGCUGUGUGUGGUGACAAAAUUAACGGAUGUCGCUAUGGGGCACCCGCAUGUCUUGGCUGCAUCGUGUUCUUCCGACGAGCUGUCACCAACGCCACCGUAUACAAGUGCCUCAAAGGAGGGCAAUGCUUGAUAACGAAUGAAUCUCGAUGUAUUUGCCGCUAUUGUCGACUCCGAAAAUGUUACGAUGUUGGAAUGAAGGCUUCUGCAAUUCAACGUCGCGAUGUAAUGGGACCUAGAAAACCGAAGCCGGACACGAAGGUGAAGCAAGAAGUUAUCGACGACACUCCGAAUCUCAAAUGUCAGUCUGUCGGAUCGGGCAAAUCGAGCGGACCAAGUAUUGUUGGAGAUUCGCCAAAACCAUCGAUUAAUUUCAUUGGUUCUUUGCAUCGAUUACAAAAAUGGCAAACGGCUGGACAUCGCUCAUUCUUUGCUGCUCGCGAACCAAUGUCUUUGGACUCUGACACUUUUUUUGAAGUUUUUGAUAGAAAGAUGAACGGCGACAACUUUCGGCGAGCUCGAGCGUAUGAUGUCAAUUCGAUGAUUCGGCUUGCAAUCGUCGAUUCAGCUCAAUGGGCAAACCAGUUUGAACCGUUUCGACGUCUUCCACUGCAGGAUAAAAAGAAUAUAUUGACUGAGUACAGUUUCACAUUUAUGCUUGUCGACCAAGGGUUUCGAACUGCGCAAAGAAAAGAUGAUAACUUUUGGGUUCUCCAAAAUGGCACAUUUAUGCAUGAAGACUACUUUUAUGGAUUGCCUGAAGAGGACGCGAAACUUGACCAAGCUCAGACGAAAGCCAAAUUACAUCCGUUAUUUAUUAGAGAAUCCUUAUAUUCAGUGGGACUUCCCAUGAGACAAUACAAAAUUGACGAAGUCGAAUGCGCUGUUCUCAAAACCAUUCUUUUACUAGGACAUAAGCAACAUUUUACACAAUCGAUGCCAUCGGUGAGCAAUUUGAUGAAUCGAUGCCUAACAGAGCUCAUGGAGUACUGUAAAUCGAAGGACCCGUUGAAUGCACCCGAACGCGCCGGUGCUGUGAUUCUCAUCACUUCUUCAAUCCGAUGCACAAUCAAGGCUGUUUAUAAUCAGACUCGCGUCUCCGACGUGUUCAGCCUCAUGAAAUUUGACCCAUUAGUCCGUGACGUGCUUUUGUCAUAA